GCCCUUUCUUGUUUAUGUCGUGUUCCUGUUUGGUACAUUUACAGUAUGGUGCGUUUGGAUUGUUGGUGUCUUUUUUGGCUGGUCGUGUGGAUAGCGAACGCUCCUUUUGCAUCUGCUCGAUCAGGGGACGUGACUAAGAAAUGCGACGACGAAGACAAGACGAUGAUGCUGUCAUUUGCUGGCACUCCGCUCGUGUUUCUCCAGAAAAUGACAGGCGGACUGGUAAAGGUGACCAAAGAUCUCCCAGGAGUCGUUUUCCGUGUGAAGUCUGGCCGCACCACACUAAAAGUGCCCUUGUUAUCCCCGUAUGGUUACGUCUCUGAGCAGGGCGCCCAGUAUGUCGUGACCAUUGCUGUUGGAUCAAGAUCAAAUGUGAAAACAUUCACAUGCCCUAAGCCAGCUCGCCGAUCUGGGAGUGUUGCAGAGAGCUGCACAGUUGCUGACAGUGAGAAGCUCCCUUGUGGAGGGUCUUCAUCCAUCACUCAAGCAGACUGUGAAGCCAACAACUGUUGCUACGAUUCGAGCAGCAGCACCAGUCCAUGCUACUAUGCCAAUGAUGUGACUGUGCAGUGCACCCUGGAUGGCCAGUUUGUGGUGGUGGUGUCUGAGAAUGUGACUCUUCCUCCCCUGGAUCUUGGGUCCAUCCAGUUGGUGGACAGCAGUUCCCCCAGUUGCAGCCCUGUGACCAGCCUGUCCAGCUUUGUCAUGUACCAGUUUCCAGUCAGUGCCUGUGGCAGCACAGUUCAGCUGGCUGGUGGCAAUGUGACUUACCAGAACACCAUGUCUGCUGCCAUCACUGUGAGCAGUGGUCCAGAUGGCUCCAUCACCAGGGACAGUGUCUACAAGUUGUUCUUCCAGUGCACCUACUCGGGAAGCCAGGAUGUGCAAGUGGAGGCUGAGGUGUAUACUGUGGCGCCACCUCUUCCAGUAGUAGAGCAAGGGCCAUUUGACCUGGAAUUGGUCAUUGCAACAGAUCCAUCCUAUGGGUCCUACUAUGUGGAUGCUGAUUACCCAGUGACCAAAACUCUGAGGGAUCCUGUGGCUGUGGAAGUUCACAUCGUGAACAGGACUGACCCUAACCUUGUGCUGACUCUUGGGGACUGCUGGGUCACCCCAGGACCUUCUGCUUCCAGCCAGCCCCAGUGGAGCCUUCUGGUUAAUGGGUGCCCAUACACAGGGGACAACUAUUUGACCAGCUUGGUGACUGUGGACAGCACAUCUGGAGUGGCCUACCCGAGUCAUUACAGGAGAUUUGUGUUUGAGAUGUUUGCUUUUGUGGAUCCUGUUGCUCAGCAAGCUUUGACUGAACAGAUCUUCAUCUACUGUGUUGCUGCUGCCUGCUAUCCUUCUACCACAGAUCCCUGUACUCAGAGCUGCCCUGCAAGAAGAUCUGGCAGAGCUGCAGAUAUGGUGGCAAAAAUUUCUUCUUCCAGGAAGAAUGUGCUCCUUCACAGUGGUCCUGUAAUCUUGGAGGCUGACCAGGUGGAAACUUCCAGGCUGGAGCAAGAAGGUAACAAUCCAUCUUGAUCUUGGAUUAGCCCUGCCUCUCUCCCCACUGGAUACCUGGUGCUAGGAGCUGCAGCUACCCUCGUGAUGGUGAUGCUCAUUUUGGCUGUACUUGCUGUAAGAAGGUUGAACUGGCAAAAAGUGAAUCUGAAAUGUUAAUAAAA